ACCUUAGCAACUCUGCCUCUGUGAAAAUAUAGUUUGUGUCCUAAGCCCAACAGUUGGUCCCAGAAAAUAUUAGCCCAACAAUUGGGGACAAAAACCCAUUGGGCUAUAAAUGAAAACCCUAAGGAUUUCGUUUAUAUUAACCCUUUUACCGUCUUGGCCAAGUUCUCUGCGAUUAAGCUAAGAGUUACACUUUGUCGUGUACAGAUAUGGCUCGAGGAGUGGCAGCGAAGUCAAAUGCGAAGAAGAAAGGAGUGACGUUCGUGAUUGACUGCUCUAAACCAGUGGAUGACGGGAUUAUGGAGAUAGCGACGCUUGAGAAGUUUCUUCAGGAACGAAUCAAGGUCGGAGGCAAACCGGGAGCUCUUGGUGACUCCGUUUCCAUUACAAAGGAUAAAGGAAAGAUCACCGUCACCGCCGAUUCCAAUUUCUCCAAACGGUACUUGAAGUAUCUGACCAAGAAGUAUUUGAAGAAGUACAACAUCCGUGAUUGGCUCCGAGUGAUUACGUCGAACAAAGACAGAAACAUGUAUGAGCUAAGAUAUUUCAACAUCGAAGACGAUGCAGCUGGUGAGGAAUAAGAAGAUUAAAGGCACUCUCUCUUAUUCCAUUCCGUUUGCUAUUAUACAGUUGACAUUUUUCUUGCUCUUUGUUGGCAAUUUGAAUGAUCCCAUUUCAUCAAUAUUUAAAAAAUAAAAUAAAAAUAAUAACAAUUUAAAAACAA